AUGUCUGAGAAGGAGCACUACUACGCAGACGAGAAGGCCGAGAUCAAGGCCGACGUCCAGACGACUUCGGCGGUAGGCAGUGUAGCUGGCGACGACCCGGUGCUGCUGUCCUACACGCACAAGGAGGAGCGCGGGCUUAUCCGCAAGAUGGACUUUGCCCUGUUGUCCUUCUCCAUGGGCAUCUACAUCACGGCGUUCAUCGACCGCGGUUCGCUUGGCAACGCGCGCCUGAUGGGCAUCACCAAGGACGUGCUCCACGGCAACGACAAGAACUUUUCCUUUGCGCUCAGCUGCUUUUUCAUCUUUUACAUCGUCUUCUCGAUACCCGGCACAUUGUUCUCAAAGAUCGUGCCCCCCAGUACCUCGCUCGGACUCGGGUGCUUCAUGUGGUCGGCGGGCGCAGCGGGCAUUGCUGCGACGCACAACCCUGCCGGCGUGUACGUGUGCCGCAUGCUCAUUGGCCUCGGCGAGGCGACGUUCGGUCUCGGCGUAGCCCUCCUCUUCUCGUUCUGGUACACCAAGGAGGAGCUGCAGAAGCGCUUCGGCGUUCUCAUCUCGGGCGCCGGCCUGGCGGGCGCCUUUGGCGGCCUCAUUGCGUUCGGCGUAAACUCGAUCAAGCACAGCAAGAUUGCCCAGUGGCGUAUCUUGUUCAUGAUCGAGGGAUUCCCCGGCAUCGUCCUCUCCGUCAUGCUCUUCUUCAUGCUCCCGACCUACCCUGAUGCCAAGAGCCGCUACUUUACCGAGCGCCAGCGCGAGAUCGCCAUUGCCCGCAUGGCCAAGGACUCCAUCCACGAGGGAGACAACGGCCUCGACAUGCGCGGCCUCCGUCGCGCCGUCCUCGACUGGAAGUCGUGGGUCAUGUGUGUCAUUUUCGCUUGUUAUUGCGCGAACACGGCCAGCGUCAACGGCUUCUUCCCGACCCUCAUCCGCUCUCUCGGUUAUCAGGGCGCUCGUGCCCAGCUCUUCACAGUGCCCCCGUACGCCGUCGGCCUGGUGGUCACCUUCAUCGUGACGGUUACGUCUGACCGCAUCCAGCGGCGCGGAUACCUCAUCGCCCCAACGUUCAUGCUCGGCUGCCUGGGCUGGGCGCUCAUGCUCGGGCUCGACGCGGCCUCGAAGAGCCGGAGCAUCCUGCACGCACGGUACUUUGGCUGCAUCUGCCUCGUGUCCGCAGCGUACGCGACCGUUCCCAUGAUUGUCGGCUGGGUGACGGCCAACACGCCGUCACACUCGCAGCGCGCGAUGGGCCUCGGCAUGCUCAACACGGUCGGGCAGUGCGCCGCCGUCGGCAUGAGCUACGCCUUCCCCAUCAAGGACACGCCGCACUACCGCCUCGGGCUGGGCCUCAACGUCGGCUUCACGAUCCUCGGCGCGAUACUCGCGCUCGCCAUGACCGCGUACUUCAAGUACGAGAACGCGCGCCGCGACAGGCUCGAGGGCGAGGUCGACCAGAGCAAGUUGAACGUCCAGGAGGACUUUGAUCUGGCCAGGGGGUUCCGGUACGCGCUUUAG